GAAAGGUCCAGGUCGAUGUGCUUCAAGUCGCGCCUUUCACCUUACGAUCGUCCAUCAUCGCGGCCGUGCGAUAUUACAGAUAUACUAGCUGACAUUUCAUGUCUUGAGACACUCUGUCUCUUUUGCCCCUCGAAUAAUCCCGUGGUUUCGUUGCCGCCUGAACCGCUCCAACCAAUAUCAGCCGUUACCUGCCAAGGGCGAAUGCGCUCCUCUAAAUUUGCGACAUCUUGAACAGCGGAGACAACACUCGACGCUGGCUAUAAACGGAUUGAUGAGCGCUGGAAUUUCUUCUCCGGGCCGUCCAACGUCGUUUGGAUGCACCCACUAAACCCAUUCCUGCGUGCCUUCUUCCGAAGCACUGUGCCGGGGCAGUGUAUACCGACCCAGAAUCACGUCUUACUGGUCCCUACGACGGAGUCUCUGAUCGGAUCGCGCGAUCGAGAAACGAAUAACUUAUAUUCCGACCUUGUCACGUCGGAGGAGUUCUUAGGGAGUCAUGUACUUCGAAUCCCGGUUCCCACCGGCUCUUCCAAUGGGAAAGAUGGCCCCAACGUGCGGGAUAGUCGGGGGAAGGCAAAGCAGGUAACUACGGUUAAUGGACGCACAGUCAUUAUCAAGGAAAACUCCGUUUACAGCAACAAAGGUUUCAAAACCUUGGGACAGGCUCAACUUCUGACGGAUGUCCUGUACUAUACUCCCAGCAAUGAAUCCCAGCCAUGGCUCAUAUACUAUAUUUCCCGGCCGCUCGUCGGAUCUUUCGAACCUGGCAAGAUCAUCGCGGCAGCCCCGCCUGGAAAGAUCCCAAAGAGAAAUGGGAGCAACUCUCAAAAUCAAGGCAGCGUCACAAAUAUAGCUACGCUCCCGAAGAAAGAAAUAAAGACCUUUGGUGAACUAUUAGCGAACUUUCCCAUGAUAGCGAGACAGAUGCAACCUGGCUUGGAGAGACUGUUUCGCGAAUUCGGAAAGGAGCUUGGAAAACCGUUGCCGCCUCCCCCCUCUCCGUCACCGUCCCCAUUAUCGAAUGGGGAAAGCAAAAGACGUGAUAAUGAAGGCCCUUCCCUUCGUGUCCCAUCCCCGGAUCGGGGGCGUCUCCCAUUCAAUUCAGAAGAAUACUUCGAAGAUGAUGAAGACCUCAUGAGGCGCAGCUUGGAGACAGCUGUCACUGCUGCAAUAGAUCUCUUUCGCUUGGUGGAUAAGCAGCAGCUUUCAUUACUCGGUGCCACAACGGAUCUGACGGGCCCACUUGUCGAACGACUUAUUGAACGCUACGUCGCAGAACAAGUUCACGAGUCACUACUCUUCCCUCGACUAUGCAGUUUCCGGCAGCCGGAAGACACAGAGCUCGAUGUACGGAUACGACAGAUCGAGAACAUUGAUGUCUCUCAGGUUGGGAUCUCCAUCGAAGGAGGUCGAGAACGAAAGCAGGAACUGAUCCGCAGACUUGGUAGAGGCGUGGAAGAGUUUCGAAAAAUGACGGAAGCCAAGUGUCCGCAAGAUAUGCUUGAAGUGCUUCUCGCCACUAUCAAAGUUAUAAGUGUCCCCGAGAGCUACGACGCAGAGAACUCGUCGACAUCUGAAAAGCAGGCACCAGUGACCGUUAAUGCAGAUCUUUUGGUGUCAAUGCUGCUCAUCGUUGUCAUCAGAGCUCAAAUACGUCAUUUACAAGCCAGGCUACUGUAUAUGCAGCAUUUUAUCUAUAUCGACGAUGUUGAAAGCGGGGAGAUGGGCUAUGCUCUGAGUACUCUUGAGGCUGUUUUGACUUAUCUGGUCACGGACUCUGGGGGUCUUAGGCGGGCCAGUUCGCGGAAUAAGCGUCUUUGGAAUGCUACGAAGACGGGGAAGAUCUCAGAGAUGAAGGCGAUACUGGAACCGGACGGUGACCAUGACUCGAUAGAUGAUGCGCCAAAUGAGCCAGAAGGGAAAUCAGUGAUGUUCCUAACCGAUGAAGAUAAGGACGAUGUUGACGGGCUAUCAUCGCGACUCUCCGGGUUUGGUGUAUCAUCUGACGUAGGCAAUAGCGUGACGGAUGUCGAAGAGGCGGAAGACAGACCUUCUUUGGCUCACGUAUUCCCUUUCCAAACAUGGUCGGAUACGGUGCCGAAAGAACGACCACGCCCUGUCAAAAAGGUGUCAAUGGACGUCCACAGUCUGUCUGGGUCAUCCGUGAUAUCACACGUCUCGCGUACGACCAUCGGGUCGACAAUGAGCUGUAUUGAAGGAGAUAGCUCCAUUGAGACUCUCACGAAAACGCAGGAUCCAUCUGGCGAUUCUGUUCUCAUGAUGGCAGUAGAGUCGCGCCAGCCCGAGGCUUUGAGAUACCUUCUGAGUCUCGAAGAGUACUAUCCACUGGAGUAUGUUCUCGAGGACACUAAUAGUGAUGGUACGACACUGUUGAGUGCUGCUGUCCAAUUAGGUCAUACCGAACUUGUUGAUAUCAUUCUUGACCUCCUCUUCCGAAAUUCAAAUGAGGACACGGUGGUUUCCUAUCUAUCUAAAUCUGAUAUCCGUGGGCGGACGGUUGCUCACUAUCUCUUCAGUGCGCCAAGUCUGAUGUCCAGGCUCGGGCGACUUCUCCCAUGGCGUCAACAGGAUAAACAUGGACAGACGCCGCUAUUUGCGCUCUGCAGAUCAUACGACCACCCUGACUAUAAAAGCAUGGUGAACGAAGCUCUGACGACCGUUCGGGAAGCUCAGGGGGGUGGAAGACCUCUUCGGUUGGAUGAACACGUCGAUGCAAAGGGCAACACCCUGUUACAUAUCGUCAGUGAUCCCGAAAUCACACUACGAAUCCUGCACGAAUGUGACUCAGAUCCGAAUGCUACGAAUGACAAGAAGUUCACGCCUCUAAUGAUGGCCAGCAAAUAUGGGCGUAUCGAUCUUGUUAGGACGUUCUUCUCUGAUUCGAGAGUCGAUGUCUCUAUCAAGGAGGCACGUGGUUUGACCGCAGUUGAGCUUGCAAAGGAUGAUGAAGUGCGAAAUAGGAUUGACGACCUUAUCCUUUUCUCUAAUCCUCCAUCGUCUCCCUCGGACCCCUCCGGGCGCAUCACGACAGUUGUUCGUUCAUUCUUUGUUGAGGAUGCCACGGUUCGCUUCAUACUCAAAUCCGGUGCGCCAACUCCGCCAUCAGAUACUCCCGAUGAACUAUCUCGUCCAGGCUCGACGACUUACACGGUCACUACCUGUCGGCGAACUUUGGCUGACUUUGAGAAUUUGGCCAAGUGGCUCUCUGUUGAGCACCCGGCCUCCUACAUACCUAAAAUCAACGACUUUCGCACCCCCUUUCAGAUCCAUUCCAAACCCUCUAGAGCCGUGCUCCAUGACAUGCAGGAAAAGCUUGAUAGAUUUUUGAAGAUCCUGCUCGCGCAUCCUACAUUUGCUACGCAUGAAAUGCUUUGGGAAUUUUUCCUUGUGCCUGAAAUGCAGCCUGAAAUGAUGGCGGACAGGUCCCGCCGCAAAGCUGCAGUUCUUUCCGAAUCUAUACAGGAAGACUAUGCUCCUGUCACGGUUGAAGGGAUCAGGGAUACGGAACAAUUCGUCUCUCAUGCUCAGGAUAUGGUCCGUGCCGUUCAUGCUAACACGCGGAGCUUGAUUCGACGUGGCCAUGCUUUGCAACAUGCAGUAUCAGAUUUCGCAGAUGCUGCCAUGCUAUUAUCUACUGCAUUGUCGACUCUCGGGGAACCCACGAAUGCUCUUCCAAGCUCUCACAUCGAGGCGUUUUCCCGAUAUGCGAGUUAUGUCUCCACCUCCUCUUCGGAUUCAUCACCUCUUAUUCAGUACCUCACUGCCAUCACCUCGACACAUAGUACCACAUCUGCCAUUCUAGCUUCCUUGUCUCGUCCUCUAUCGCUGAUUUCCGAGCUGGCAUCCACCAACCGCAGCCUUGCGCGAUCACGUUCCUCACUGGUCUCGUCCUCUCUUCCCCGGAAAUUCAACAUCAACCUUCCUGGGCUUGAAGAAUCGAGGCAGAAAUCAGUCCGUGACCUGGAGCAGAAGAUCCGGGAUUCUGAAGCGCAGACCGCACGGCUUUCACGAGAGAUUACAUGGAAUAAGGAUGUGGUAGUCGGCGAACUGGCCGGAUGGACAACCUGGCGGGAGAAAGUUGGAAGGGAAGCUAUCCGCUCUUUCGUCAGGUCAACUUUAGUGAGGGAAAAGGAGCGUGGGAAACGAUUAGAACGUUGUCUCCGAAGUGUGAAGGAAAUGAACUCAUCAUAGAAUCUAGAUACGACUUUUGAUCAUGAGACCUGGAUUAUUUCAUCUGUUCCUUUAUGGCGAUUCACGAUAAAGAUUUCCCCCCACGUUACACAAUUGUAUGUUUUACGUCUCACGUCAUCUCUCUCAUGUCAUAUCAAAUUAAAUCAAAUCAAACAACCCCCUAUUUCACUUCUUCAUUGUGUUUCUUCUGAUACUUUCUCAUUCAAUGGUAAUGAAUAUCUGUCUAUCUACUCUGAAGCCUUGAUUGGCCCUUACAGACGCAAUAAGCCCUCUUCAACGGUACGUAGAAUAAACAACAGACCGCAACUCUUAUUGCUGACAUGGCAUUCUUUGAUAUUGUAAUUAUAG